AGAGCUGUGUUGUUCGUUGUACGUUUAUAAGGCUUUAGUGUUAGUGGUAUAUUCUAAGCGUAUAGUUUAUAAUUUAUUUGCUGGUGAAUAAACGAGGUUCUAAAAGUUUAGUUUUUGACGAGGAAACGGAAUAUCGCUUACAAAACAUGCCCUCAUGUCCGUAAUAUGCUCUGCCGUCUGAUUACAGUACAGGAAGUUCUGCUCCCUUGCUGCUGUAAUGUCUGAGACAAUAUACCCCAUUAAUUAAUCAGCAGUGGGUGAAAGAUGUUCAGAGAGGUUUUACAGAACUCCAUGAUGAUUGAAGUGGUUUGUAAUGAUCGUCUGGGAAAGAAAGUCAGAGUGAAGUGCAAUUCAGAUGAUACUAUUAAAGAUCUAAAGAAGCUAAUAGCUGCACAGACCGGAACCCGAUGGGAUAAAAUAGUUUUAAAGAAAUGGUACACAAUUUUUAAAGACCAUGUGACAUUGGGUGACUAUGAGAUACACGAUGGGAUGAAUUUAGAAUUGUAUUAUCAGUGAAGUGGUGUACUGCAUUCUCCUAGACUUGUAUCUUCCUCACAUACCCUCCCCGAUUUUUCACAUGGAAAGAACACAUUUUAAACUUCAUUAUUGUGUAUAGAAUGUAUGUUAACUGGGUUCUUCAGUUUGUAGCAAGAUGCAUCUUUGAAUAGGUUUCAGUAGCUUUCAGUCAAGAAUUUUAUGUUUGCCUUCUAUUAAGUGAUUGUUUUGGGAGUGUUUUUUCAGAAGUAUAGCGUGAUCACUGGAUGUGCCACUUUCAUUGAUCAGUAUGGAAAUGCACUUGGUAGUACAUGGUUUCCUGUAAGCAUUGAGAUCACUGCAGUGCCUCCAUGGCUAUAUAUAAAAAAAAAAAAAAAAAAAAUGCAGCUCAAGCACUGUGUGUACAUUGUGCUUUGAUAAUACAUACCUUGAGCAUAGUAUCAGUAUAUGAAGGAAGUGAACAGGGUUCUUAAAGUACAGGGCUUUACACUUAGCAAUUUAGCACUCUAUUUUUAAAAUAAAUGUAUAUACUGACUGCCGCUUCUGUCAUGUAGAUUUUUUGUAAACACUUGUGCUUUGUCUUGUAAAUGUAUGCUGAUUUUUUUUUCUUUAACUGCUUAAUGAAAACAAUAUUGGAAAACAUGCAGGCUGUAUUAAUGGACUAGAACAUGAUGUUGAUAAAGAAUGUUUGUGGAGGGAAAGAUCCUUACAAAAUUGUUGGAUGUGCUAGCAGAAAAGACAAUUGCAGCAUUGUCCCACGUGAAUCAAGACAUGUUUAUUAAUAAUUACCAAUUAUGAAUUACUUUACAGCGCUGAGAAUGCCUGUUGUACUUUUUCUUUGCAUUUUACUGAUUUAUUUUGAUAAAUAAAUAUAUAACUGUAAAGUAUGCUAAUGAACAGUUAA